GAGGAAUCGGCCUGGAAGCCGCGGCGAGUGGACGCGCUUGCAGCUUUCUGAGGUCUGAGGAAAGGUGAGGCCUAGCAGGAACCCAGAGCUCCAGGGAGGAUGGUGCGGAUCUUGGCCAAUGGGGAAAUCGUGCAGGACGACGACCCCCGUGUGAGGACCAAUAUCCCGCCACGCAGCAGCACCCCUCGACAGAGCCCUCUCAACAGGGGCCCUGGUGCCCCCCUGGGAGGCCCUGGCCUCCGGCAGCAGCAGGGGGGGGCCAGGCUAGGUGCCGCUCAGUCCCCCUUCAGUGACCUCAACCGGCAGCUGGUGAACAUGGGCUUUCCCCAGUGGCAUCUCGGCAACCACGCCGUGGAGCCCGUGACCUCCAUCCUGCUCCUCUUCCUGCUCAUGAUGCUCGGCGUGCGCGGACUCCUGCUGGUGGGCCUCGUCUACCUGGUGUCCCACCUGAGUCAGCGGUGACCUCUGCUGGGGGGGCAGGCGUAGGGGAGAGGGAGUUGCUAGGCCUUGGUGUGAGAGCAGGCACAUUGGGAGGGGAUCUAGUGGUGCCUUGAAGAUGUGCUCAGAGAAUGUUGUUUCCACAGUGUGUUAAGCAUGAUGCAGAGGGAACUUCUAGUGCAGCAUUCUAAGGUAUCAGGUGGAUCCUGUGAGCUGUUUUUAGGUGGCAUUGAGCCUGCAUUAAGCACAAACUCAGCAAGAAAGGGAUUCCCUUCCCAUUAUCUUCCAGUCCUUUUUUGCCAAGAAGACAGUCUCUGCUCAGUGCCAAUAUGUUCUCAUGCCUCUGGAACUUGCGCUGACUUCCCCUGUUACUAGGGAACAGGCCUUGGGCUUAGGGCAGGUAGGAAAAGUUUCCAGACUUUUAUAGCCCUGUUUUAACGGUAUAUUUUUAUUGGCUACCUUUUAUUUAUGACAGGUGGU